AUGCCCGAGAUCGCUACUCUCAGCUCCACCGCCACGGGGGCCUCUGCCACCGCCACGUCCGUGAAAAAAACCGGCAACGUCCUGACGCUUUCUCGCGAUUUGACCGCCAUUGACACGUAUGGAAACGAGUUCCAGGCUCCUGACUACACCAUCAAGGAUAUCUUGUCGGUGAUCCCGGCGCACUGCUACGAGCGCAGAACGCUCGAGUCGUUGUACUACGUUGCUCGUGACAUUUUCUGGAUGGUUGUGUUUGGUUUUGUGGCCAACAACUACAUCCACUUGUUGCCCCAGCCGGCCCUCAGGUUUGCCGCCUGGUCGGCCUACUGCAUUGUUCAGGGGCUCUUGGGUACGGGUCUUUGGGUCUUGGCCCACGAGUGUGGCCACCAGGCCUUUUCCGACAGCCGGCUUGUCAACGACACCGUGGGCUGGGUGUUGCACUCGUAUUGGCUCGUUCCUUAUUUCUCGUGGAAGUUCUCCCACGGCAAGCACCACAAGGCUACGGGGCACAUGACACGUGACAUGGUGUUUGUGCCCAAGACGCGCGAGGAGUUCAUUGAAAAGCGCCACGGCUUGUCCAUCGAGGAGAUCACCAGCGACUCGCCGCUCGUGUCUUUGUGGUCGUUGAUUUUGCAGCAAGGUUUCGGCUGGAUCAUGUAUCUUUUCACCAACGUCACGGGCCAGAAGGUCGCGGCCACCGGCUGGGCCAUGAACCACUUCAACCCGGCAUCUGCAAUUUUCGAGAAGAACCAGUACUGGUACAUUGUGUUGUCGGACAUUGGUAUUUUGACCCAGCUCUUUGUGUUGUACACGUGGUACAAGAACUACGGCGCGUUCAACGUGCUUGUGAACUGGGUGCUCCCCUACAUUGGCGUCAACCACUGGUUGGUGUUCAUCACGUUCUUGCAGCAUUCGGACCCUGAGAUGGCGCACUACGAGGCCGACCAGUGGAACUUCGCCAGGGGCGCGGCCGCUACCAUCGACAGGGAGUUUGGCUUCAUUGGCCAUCACAUUUUCCACGACAUCAUCGAGACCCACGUGUUGCACCACUACUGCUCGAGAAUCCCAUUCUACAACGCCCGCGAGGCCAGCAAGGAAAUCAAGAAGGUCAUGGGCAAGCACUACCGCUACUCGGACGAGAACAUGUGGAAGGCAUUGUGGAAGUCUGCGCGCUGGUGCCAGUUUGUCGAGGGCGACAAUGGCGUGUUGAUGUACCGUAACGUCAACGGCUUUGGUGUGCCCCCCAAGAAAUAG